GCUGAUAUCACGCUGGUAGGGCGCAUUUGCUUUUUAUUUACUGACGUCGAAACUUGUGAGCUCCAACUGGAAAACUAAAAACGUAACGGUUCAAAAUACGCGCUCGGUAAUCCAUUGUUGCCGGCAAAAGCGCACCAGGUUGGCCAGGGCGCACCAGUAUCUAUAGAGGAUGACAAUAACCGCACCUGUAAGUGUCUAUCAAAAUUAAGUACUUAGAUAUGAAUGACCAAGCUUGCUUCAAAAUUACAUUAACUUCAGCAGAUCAAGCUUGACAAACUCCGUAAGCAAAAUUGGCAAGGUACCAUACAGCUGACGCCACCUGGAGGGCACAAUGAACAAAGCGCGCAUACAGAAACGGCAAACUGCGGGACUGCGGCUGGUGGGACGCGGUUUCUAGGCUGGACGCCCGUCGCGCUGAUCUCUACAGUUCCGCAAACAGCGGCAGAGAUGCGGCGCAGUGACAGCCUUCGCGCCGGACCCUUCCGGUAGCAAAACAAGUAUGAGCGCACGGCCCGGGCCCUACCGCCAAGCGGCCACGCCGUGGUGUCAACGAACCCCGUCCCACAGGGUGGACGCUGUGUGACAGCGGCUGCAGCGCGUCUCCGAACGGCAGAGUAAAGGGAGGUGACAAACCAAGAAAAAAAAGAAAGCCUGCUGCCGCGCCUCCGUCCCGUGCCGCGCGGCCGAAAAAGCCCGAGGAAUGCCGAAACGCAAGACGCCCAAGCCUCUGUACCGCCUGUGCGUUGUCUACGUCGCCGGCACCAUCCACUCGCUGUGCCCGCCGCACGACGACGCAGUCGCCAGCGUCUUCCCGCCGCACGUCAGCGAAGACCUGGUGGAUGCGCUGCAGUCGUACAAGCAGUCCAACUUCACGUCGCUACACCACCUGCUCACGCACCGGUUGCGGCGCGUCAAGCUCAGCUUCAUCGACUGUCACCUGCCGAUCGACAAGCCGUCGCGGCUGCCCCGGCUCCUGCGCCAGAUCUCGCAACAUGGCAAGCAGCUCGCCGAGCUGUCGCUCGUCGGCGCCGUGCACCAGGACGACGCGACGCUGGUCGAUGCGCUCGGCAAGCUGCCUCGUCUCCGCCGCCUCACGCUGUGCCUGUGCAACGUGACCGACCGCGUCGUGGUCUCCAUCGCGAAGCACUGCAAGGAGCUUUGCGAGCUGAAGCUCUCCGGCCAGCGCAUCACGGACGAGAGCCUCUACCUGCUGGUGGCGUGCGAGCAGCUGCGCUCGCUGCUGCUCGAGAGCGACAUGUGCUUCGACCCGCGCAUCACCGUGUCCUCGUCGUUCCACCUGCUCCGCGGCCUGCCUCAGCUGCAGACGCUCAAGAUCCCGUUCCUGACCGAGGCGCUGCUCCUCUUUCCCGCUGGCUGCAAACUGCCCCUCGUCGAGUACAUGGAGCGAAGCCUCAGCCCGCUGCUUCAGUGCACCACUGCGCUGCCGCACAUUGUCAGCAUCUGCCCUCUGCUGACGCGCGUCAGUCUCAUCCUGACGGGCCAGGAGGGAAUCCUGCCACUCGGCCUCCUAAAGUCGCUGACUGAUCUCACCCUACGAGUCAUUUCAAACACGUCGGAGAUCUUCUUUCGCCGGCAAGUGGAGCCUGUCCUCAAGAUGGUUGGGCCUCACCUAAAGACACUUACCCUGUCCCUACCUGACUUGGAUGUUGCUGCCAUCAGCGAGCAUUGUCCGGUGCUGAUGGACCUGGAGAUGGAAGACCUGCGAACACUGAUCCUGUCGGACCAGCCAUCCAUUCUGCAACACACCCACUUCAGGCAGCUACAGCGGCUCAAGUUCUUCCCUCAUGAGAUGAACACCGUCACGCCAGAGCAGCUCUUUGGGAUGCUGCGCAACGGUGGCAAACUGACCGAGGCGUGCCUGGGAUGGUGCCAGCUGACGGAUGCCUCUCUGGAGGCUCUUGUUGCUUCCGGAACCUUUGCCAACCUUCGCGAGUUUGAGCUAAACGAAGUGGAGUACGUGUCGGGUGCGGGAUUGCGAUCGCUUGUGGCAGCAGACAGCGACCUGGCCUCUCUGACUAUCUUUGGCUGCGACUAUGUGACGCGGGCCGACAUUGAGCAGCUGCGGGAGCAGGUGGCUCAGCAGAACCUGGACCUCGUGAUUCGAUACUUUGAGCUCUGAGACCUAACGUCUGUGGGUGCGGAUGUUGUGAGAGUGCGAGUACCUGUGGAUGUGGUGAAUUGUGUGUGGCCUGUUGUUCUGGAGUGGGGUGAGCGUGCUGGACUUGGGCUGUUUGAAGAACGAGGGUCGAGAGCAGAUUGGGCUUUGGCUCAAGGUUGUUGCAAUUCCGGCGCCAGCGCAGCUGUUUCUGUACAGCACCACCUACGACAGGCACAGGCAGAGAGCACAGCACAUGUUGGCACAUGUUUUGCGAUCUCUUUGUCCGUGUUAUAAGUGGUGCUGUUUAAGAUGGUUUGUUACCAAGUUGGCCAAUUUGUAACUCCAAUAUGUUUCCUAAGCUGUGGAAGUCACGUAUUGCAGUGGCAGACGUUGUUGCGGCUUGGGUGCCGCAUCAAUUUCAGCCAGAGGUCAGCCUAGCAAUGAGAAGCCGCCAGCAGUUUGCAGUGUCUGGGCACAGUCAAGCAGAAUUAGGCUGUUGUGCUUUAGUGAUUAGGUUUGUGAGCUGGCUGGUGCAUCUUAUUGUUGACUGUCUGGUGAAAGCAAGCAUGAAUGCUGCCCAUAAGUUAUGUCAGAUUUAUGCUGAUGAUCUCGCGAGCUUGGUUUGUUGCUUUUAUAAGAGAGGCAUUUUUGAACACAACAAGGUAUUCAAAGUUGAUUGCUAGUUACAGGGUCUCUAGCAACCUUGAAAAGCUGGAAAAUUCGAGGAAAUUUUGGGCACUUGGAAAAUUCAAGGAAUUGUGACGAGGGAAGCUUUUUUUAAAGAAGUGAAGUCAGGGAAAAAUGACAGAGUUCACAUUGUAAAUUCAUGUAGGUCAGUUAUCCUGCAAACCUUUUAUUCUCUGUUCAGCACCACAAGUCAGGUUUCCUGCACGAUAAUUCUUUCCUCUAUUGCCUUAUCAAGAGGAAUAAUUCUUAAGUUAUGUGCAGCACUGGCUUUUGACCUGACGCUUAUGAAUUUUUAACUCCUGCAUGCUUUCACAACCUUCUGAUGUGGCAGGGUUGUUUACACGCAGGGCUUGCUGUGCAAUGAAGCAUGUUGUAUAUUUAGUGACAGAGCAAUGGAAGUGGCAGGAGCGAAACUGGCCCGUAGGGCACACGCCAACAACACAAUGCACCGUUUUUAAUGCGAAUAGCUUCUUGGCAUCGUCAGACCAGUUUUGUUUCCGGCUAUCUAGCUAUUCAUUAUCCCACAAGAAGUGUGGGCUGAUCUUGAAGAUAGUGCAGUCAAGAUAGCGCAGUCUUAAGAAUGUGGGCUGAUCCCGAAUUCGGUACAGUCUAAAAAUGUGGGCCGUGCGUGUAGCUUUGUGCCACUGGGUCUGUGCCGCUCUUCAAUGAACCUUUUUGACGCCAACUUGGGUCAGUGUGUGUGUUGCGACCACAUGUGCGUAGGCUUCACGCCGCUGCCACCAGAUGGCACAGAUAGUCCGGAGGGAAAUGCGAGAGAGGAGCCCAGCGUGCUUUUGAUGCUUUUCAACUGUUCGCACACUUGGACAGUCAUCGUAGAUGAGUUUUGGCCAAAUUUUUUGGUUUGGGUUAAUGCCACGUAGCUGUUGCAUAGCAGCCAAUAAGGACAUGCUUUUAUUACCGCCAGCAUUUAUUAGCGCAACAAAUCUGGUGGGUUGUGCUUUGGCAGACACAGUGUGACAACAUGCUGAGGGACAGUAAGUAGAGGAAGAGGCGGACGUAACAUGGAGCUAAAGCAUGGGGUAGCUACAACUACAUCACUAAUGCAUUGUUGCACUAUUAAAAACCGGUUGUAAUAAUAUGUCUUCAUUGGCUACUACACGGCUGCUAUGUGGCAUAAGCUCGAUCUGCUGCAGUGAAGGGAGCUUCCGCUGCACAGCUGUUUUGAGGCUUUUGCAAAAAGUACAUUCCUUUUAAGAAAUGUUCGCAUAAAGCAUGAAUUUGUCAUCUAAUCGUGGAGUGCUUGGUUGAAAAAUUUGGUAGGAAGAAAUGUGUGGCAGUGCAACGAAAGCUACACGUCCAGUACUCCUGCAGCAUUUUCACAUUAGGCUGCAGUCGGGUACGUGAAACAUCUUGUGUGUGCUGCAGAUAUAACCUGGGCACUGGGGUUCAGGAAUGACCUAACCAAAUACACGAGUUAUAUUUAUUUACGCAUUACAAAGCUUACAUGUGUAACUUAUGUAACAGCUAGUGUGGGUCUUACGGUCUAAUUUUGCGAUCGUGCUCGCUCCCUAUUCGUAGUGGGCCCGUUUGUUUUGCAGAGGGUGUUCAGGUACUAGGGUAAAGAAGUGGUCUACUGGCAGUGCCGGAGACUGCCCGGCGCUUCUCUAGCCCAGUGCACUCGUAGAUGGUUGAGGCUCAUGCAUUAAAUUUAGCUUCGGUUGUGUCAUCUAUGACACGACAGCUGUGCCAUCAGCGCACUCAAUGCAUGCAUGGUCGAGUAAUGGCUUCUUUCCUCUGCACAACUGUACCAAAGUAAGGUCCAUGAGUAUGGUUGCAAAGAUAUAAGCGAUAAUGCUGUAACAUUUUUUGAUUACAUCGGUUUCAGCAAGCACCUGCCACUCAAGGAUGCUGUCGGCACAUCACUUUGGCAAACCAAAUUGAAGCGUGCAUUGCAGAAAAAAUGUACUGCAGAACAUUUAGACUCUGUGAAGCCAUGGACCCACCCUUUAAGAUCUUUUCUUGCUUAAAAUAGCUUGAUUAAAUUUCCUCAAGAAGCUACAGUUGAACCUUGCUACAACGAAACUGACGAGACGAGCGAAAAUUUCGUUGAAGCGGAAAUAUUGUUGUGGCAAAAUCUGCCUUGACACACUGUCAGAUUUGACUACGCACUUAACAAACAUAAUUUAUUUCCUAAAAGUGUUGGUCGCCUUCGUUUGCCUCUGUCCUUUUGACAUCGGCACUGUGGUACGAUGCUCACACUUGGUCAGGAGCUGCAUCGCGAUGUCGUCGUUAUGGGUGCCAAUGAAAUUACGAAUGAUGUCAAAUACGACCCUCACAUCCAGUGCAGGAGACGGGGCUGAUGUGUCUUGUGCGUCACUGUCAUUAUCCGACGAUGCGUUGUUAUGGCAAACCUCUUCAAUUACGGACUCGUCAUUUAACGCUUCAAGCGCAAUUGCGUCCACGUCAACAGCAAUGUAUUCGUCACUGCUAUCUCCGUUGGCACAUUUAUGGUGUCUCGAAGCGCUGCCUUCGCUGCAGUAGCCACUGUGGAUGGAGGGUGGCUCCACUAUGAAACGGUCGUCUUCCUUCUCUGUUGUUGAGUUAGCCGUCACUUUAGUGUCAGGCUUAAAGCAGGCAUGUGCAAAACAAUUUCCUAUUUUGCUUCGCCGGGGUGCCAUCCACACCUUGGAAGUCACUUGUAGGGCCAUGAAUAAGUCCACUUUGGUCCGCCACCCGGUGUCAGCAUUCAGCAACAACCGCUGAAUCAACCACUGCCGAUAAGCACUUUUCAUGCGGUGAAUAAUUUCUUGGUCUAACGGCUGGAUCAGAGCCGUGCAGCAGAUGGGACACCGAAGGAAAAGCACUGGUGAUCAGCUCCUGCGGCUUUGAAAUUGUGGAAAGCAUGCUGUUGGAGGUGCUGAAAUCCACUGCGAUGUCUGUUUUUUUUUUACUGCUUGAAGCCUCGCGGAAGAUUUUCACCUUCAUUUCCAAAGAAAGGAACUUCUACAUUGUUGCCGUGCUAGCAUCGAGUCGAGUGCACAAGUGCAAAUGAAUGGAUUGGGCGAAUUGGUCCAAUGCUGUCUCAGCACAUUGCCCCUGUGAUCACUUGAUCUAGGAUGGAUAUGGGCGGCCAGCCACAUAGUCAUCAUCAUCAACCAAUGGCACCCCCCUGAGUUUAUGAGUGUUACAGUGGGCACAUGUUUUCAGUGAGACUAAGCAACGUGUAUGUACGAAAAGUUAAAUGUUUGGUCUUAUGCUUGUUUUAUCGUAAAACAAAUUUUAAAGCUCAGCUUCAUUGAGCCAAAAUUUUGUUGAAGCAAAACAAGCCCGAAGUAUGGUUCGUUGUGGCGAGAACUUUGGUGCAUUGGCUUCUAGGGCUAGCUGAGGGGGAACGUGAACUAUUUUGUUGAAGCAGAAAUUUUGUUCGAGCGACGUUCAUUAUAGCGAGGUUCAACUAUCGAAUGCACUAUCACUGGUAUUCUUAGGUCGACCACAACAAUGUGCAACUUGCAGCUUAACACUUAAUUUUAAGACUAUUGUUUAAGACAAAUAUCGGAUAGAAGGACAGGGGACAAAGCUAGAGUUUCUAUUUUAAAAAAAGGCCCCCUGACCUCAAUGUGUGCUUUUUGCUUUGACACAAGAAGUGCAGAAAUUUUUUUUUUUAAUUGGUGCAGGGCCCAUCCAUGACGACUGUUCUUCAAAAGCAUUUGUGCAGCACUUUAUUCAUCGUCCAUUACAGCUGUAUUAGCGGAGCGUGACGGUGCACCAGUUUGGCUUUGUCGCUUUUGCAGCUAAACAAACCGCAGGUCUGUAGGCAUUUUAGCUGCUGCAUGUGUGAGCUUCUCGUGUGUUGAUAUUGUGGCAGCAUGGCAGUGACAACGAUCUUGGUUAUGUGUGACAGAACAUACUCUUGCAGUUCACUGGGAGCUUGGGGUUUAUAAAUCAUGGGAAUACAAAUCAUGUCACACUUAUUCCGCACUUGUUCUUAACUGAUGCUGUGGAGCCAAAGAUAGUUUCUCGCUUGCGAUGGUACAGACCCAGGUUUGAUUCCUUAUUGGGCCUAGAUUUUUUUUUUAUUCGGUCAUCCUAUUGAGGUCACAUAUAUAGUGAUGAGUAGGGCAGGGUAGCUAUAGAAAUUCUCUCACAUUUAAUAAAAUGAAGGCCUAUAAUAGCGCAUUUCAAAGCACCUGGGAUUGACAAUUUGGUUCUCUUCUGAACUGUUAGAAUUAGGAUCAAUGGUUCCUGACUUCUUUGAAGAAGGCCGGUUUAGUUUUGGUGAGUGGUCUUUGCACACAAUCGCUGUUCUAUUCAGACUUGUCACAGCGCAAUCACGCGUGCAGUAGAUUCCGAUUUUAAUCGUCGAAAUUUUGAAUGGUCUGCGAUGUUUUGCUUGAGUGGAUAGCCUGCUCAUAUUGUUUCACAUGUGAUAAUCUAGCCACUUAACCUUUUGCAGACUUGCCUUCAAGACUUUAUGGAAACUGAAAAAGCCCUAUCUUUUGUGGUAUACGCAUAAUGUCCAGCUCAGCUACACUACCACAUAGGCCCUCACGCUCAAGGGCAAAAUGGAUCUCUGACUUGGGUGCUCGAAGCGUGAAACAUAUAUGAAAAAAAAAUCUUUUUUUUUUUUUUCAUUUUUGUAAUUUACACGUUGUGGGCAGGUGUAUAUAACAAUAUUAUACAGCUAAAAUUUCUUGUCGCUGUCUGUCCCACUUGACAAAGCCCUCUACUUUCGAUGGCUGGCUUGCCUUCUGUGAUAGCAAGGAUGUUAAAAAGUUUAGGUGUUGCAUUGUAGUUUUGGGAACUCGGGCUGUCGCUUUGCUACGAUCAAGCUACAGAAGUUUCGCUCGCAUGCUUUAUACGAAGUGAGUACAGACAUGGUGGCAGCUGUCUGGAUAGCUGGCAGUAUCGUGCACACACACUCGACAGAUUGCCUGUGCUAUUGCUAUGCACACUUGCAAAGAAGUGCUUGCGUGCUGCUCUCUCUGAUCUAAUUUGCACAGCAUGGCCGGAGGCCAUCUUUCUCUUGAAUGAAUUCCUCCUCUCUCUCUUGUUGCACGCUUCGUGGUCGCUCUGUACACCACUGCACCAUGGUCACUUGGUGCAGUGGAUGGUAAGAAUAACAUUGAAGGAAAAGAACCCUUAGUCAGUGUGGGGCUGCUGGCAAUGCACAUUACAUGUUGCAUGCAACUUGGCAAAUAUUGUUCUUUACCUCGCCGCAAAAGCUAACUUGGGACAUGUCAUGAGAACACUAUUUUUACUGUGCCAAACAGCUAUGUGGCAGGAAACCAGUUUGGUGUCAUUUCUGUGCGUCUGCAAGUCCGUUGCACUUGUAUGUGUUUGCAUGCGAUGAUGUUGAUAUUAAUGUCGAAUGGAUUGUACAACUCCCACCCCUGUCCAGGCAGGAGAACAUCUUCAAAGAUGCAGAGUUUGGUGGAACUUGAUGAAGCAAAAGUUGCAUUUUCGUAUCGGCUUGCCGUCCUGCUGGAAGAAAACAGAUGCGAAUUUAUUGAAGCCAUUGCACAAAGCAACUAACGCAUCAUUGAAGCUUGCCUGAGAUGUCCAUAUGGGGCCAAUGGGGUGUGGACAAGUUGAAGAGGCAAUUGAAGGGCUGUGAUUGAUGAAGUACCACUGCUAAGCUGAUGGGAAAGGGGGUGAUGUAGGUAGCACCCAGGCUGCCUAAUAGCACUGUCACACACGCAUUGGAAUCGAUAGUCUAUCGAAUCAAUGACAAAGUAAGCUCUGCCUGUUACAGGCAGUUUCAAUGGUGGUCUAGUCAAUAGCCUAUCGAGUCGGCCGAGUUAUGCAGUACUGUAUCAAGAUCUCGAAGGCCGACGAGCAGUGGAGGCAGGCACCCUCAUGAACAGCAUCCUUACAGUGGCAAGUGGUUAGCAACGCAUCCGAUGAAAAAGAAUAACAGGCAACUGUCUACUGUCUAGAAAAACUAAUUUCUUUUCUUGCAGCAACUAAUGCCGGUUCCACCUCAUGACAAAUACACUGUUCCUAGCAGCCCCAAUAUUGCCAGAGCAUUAAAAUAAGACCGACAAAAAUCAGCACAAUAUGUGCAAAUGUGAGCAUCAUGUAACUAAAUAUGGUAGAUUAUUUCAGUAUGUCGUUUAAAUGCCUUACAGCAAUGAAAAUAUGGCAUUUAGCUAUUUAGAAUAACUGUUAAGGCUGUUCAGAUUCGGCGGCGCGGAAUGUGACAUUCAGCGGAGGUGCCACAAAUGCUUGGUGUCAGAUUGCAGAAAUAUUUUUACUGCUUCUGAGUUUGUUCCUUUGAGUCGAUCGACUUUAUAGCCACUGAAAACUACCUGGGUAUUAGUUAUGUGCUUGAGUUACAAUAUCAAAGAGCGAGUAGCUUGGUGCAGUAUACUUGAAUCAACCUUGUCGUGAGUCUAUUGUUGAAGUGCAAGACUGUGUGAAAGGCUAUUAGAUUUUUCUUGUUCCCGGUGUAAGCUACAAAAUUUCCCCCCAGAUUUGCUUCUUCUGGAUUACCCGAUGCUUUCGACAUUGUGAGAAAAAUUAUGUUUAUUAAUUGGUUGCUGUCUUGUGAUGUUCUUUUAGCCGAAUUCUUACUGCCAUGGUCAGGAAAUUUUGAAGGUUUUGCUGACACCCUGUGAUAGGAUGACGUGUGUAGUAGGAGCUUUGCACUAUGACAACGAGUAAGACGUUGAGAUUAAAGAAUGUGGUGUACAUAACACCGGCAUAAUAUGUAUAUGUAGUGUAUAUAAUGAGAGCAUUGAGCUGUCAAGUUGAGGGCAAGUGGAAAGACGCCAGUGGAACUUUGUAGCUAGCAGCUUCUGGUUUAGGAAGCAUCGACGUUCGAUGUCAGUGCGUGCCACAGCAUUAAAACAAAAUGAAGCAUGGACUGUGUGCGAAACCUAACACUUCACGUGGGGUGAAGUGUCCGUGUUAUUAAGGUUUGACGAAUGGAAGAUGUUACUCUAAGACAAGCCUCUAGCAGUUUUGUGCAGGUUCUCGCGCCUGCUAGUCUUGCUUUAUGCCAUUGCCACUCUUUCCAGGUUUCAGGUCUGUUGGCCGUGUUUGAAUACCUUGUAGGUUAUGUGGACAUAGUGUACUCUUGUGGUUCACUGGGUGCUUGGGGUUUGUAAAUCAUGGGAACACAAGCACACAUUGAGUGCAUUCGGUGGUGGAUGCUUAGCGUUCCAAAUUUUCACGACUUCAUUUUUGUCGGUCUUAAUUAGUGUCACACAGUACCUUGAGUGCGCGCAGCAAAAUUUGUUAUACUCGCUAAAGGUUAUAAUGGGACCGUAGUGCACAGUCGCCCUAAUGAUUGCCAGCUAGUGUUGGGUAGUUUGUCACUGUCAGCAUAUUGAAAAGUGUGAUGACUGCUCCACACUGGAGAGGGGCUGAAGUGCGAAUUUACUGCUUUGCAGUGUGAAAUAGUACAGGUUUAUUAAUUACUUUCACUCUGUUAUAUUCAUGUGUCCAUGUUGUCGAUUCUUAACUAUGUCUUGUGCAUACUUCUGAAAAGGGCGCUAUUAGGGUUUUGUCAUAGCACUAUUCAGAACAUUGUUCGUUGGGUUUGGCAGUUAUGCAUUGGUUCUUGUUGGUAGCAGCAGUCAUCCAAAAGCCAAAGAUACAAACUCUGCCUCUCCACACUGCAGUCAGUUUGUGGCUUCAGUGCAUUCGUAGAAUGAGAGAAGGCACAUUACAGGUCAUAUGAACGUAAAGCAAUGAUUUGUGGUGGGGAAGGCUGUGGCCUCGUGCCGUGGCAGCUUGCAACAGUCACUUGAUCGCUAAAAUGCUGGUGUAGAGUUGGUACUUACUUUGACAGCCUGUUUCUCAAGAGCUCGGAGACAUAGUAUGAGCACUCGACAUUUAAUUUUGAUUACAGCUGAGAAUGCCAUUAAGCAACGUGUACAGUGAGGUUUUAUUUCAUCUAGGUAAAUUAUGGGAGAGCGAAGGAGUUACUGACUUUUGGUUGCACACGCGUGGUCUUGCAGUGAACGUUCACAUGUGAGUUGUCUUUUCAAUGGCUGAUUGUGUUGUAAAAAGAUCUCUGAACAAUAUGCCGAGCGUGGCAGGUAGUGUUGAUAGCGUUAGCAUGCAUGGGCUAAAUAUGUAGUGUUGUGUAAUAUACAGGCCACUUCUAUAGUGUAUUGUGUACUGCCUUUGUCAAAAGUAUAUAGGCUACUUUGCGCCUUCACCAUACUUUAUGUUGUUUGACAGUGGUGGUGCGGUUACCAUGGUACUUCUGACACUUGAGACCUCUGGAUGGUGAGUACAAGCGCUUUUUUAAUUCUACACGGCAUAGAAACUUUUGCCCGUAGUGAGCAUGGGUAUUGCGGGCAACAUGCCUGUAUACUUUUGACAAAGACUACACGUGCAAGGCACUAUUGUGUUUUGGUGCUUGUAAUGAGGUGUGAACGUGUAUGUCAAGUGGAACCAUAGGUUUGUGAUGUGACUGGGAGCUGUUGCUGAUCUUGUCAUCACACAAAAGCCGAUAGACAUUUUGUGUAGUGGUGUAUAGUGUCGUGUCGUGCAAGGGAUGAGCUGGUGAGGAUGCUUCGGACAGUGCUUUUGCACGUGCGUGUACUUGAGCGUGUUGGAAGUGCGUUGUUUUCGUGUCUAUCAUGCGGUGCUUGUGCGAAUCUUGUUAAUACUGUUAGCACUGUUUUGUGCAUGUGAGGAACCAAAAGUCUAUAUUUAAAUUGCCUGUGCAUCAAGUGUCUUGGCAUGUAAGGAGUUCUUAAUUUUCCCAUGUUUCCCUCCCCCUUCUUUUUUUUUUCCCAUUUCAGCCUUGGUUAGCAUACAUGAAUAUGGCUUCAUCAUAAAUGUGGUCACUGAGAAUUUGUGUCGCAGCUUUAAACUUCAAUGCUUGUCAGUGCACCAGAACAAGACUCGUCACCAGAGUACAAGUACGGGCAGCGCUAAAUGGCUGUUUGUGCUUACGAUUUUGUUACGAAGCUGCCUGCAUGCAACGAAAGUUAACACACACAGGGUGUAUUUUCCGUAGCACCAAAAAAUUUAUGAUGUGUGAAAUUUAGGGGCUUUUUUUUCCAAAAUUUUCCAUUCUUAAAACUUGUUUACUAUUGCAAUGCCAGCAAUGAUAUUGUGCUUUUACUUAUGUGCGCCUAGUUUAGAGCAGAAAUUGUUCAGAAAGAACACAUGCAUAGUCACCUGUAGAUUUCUUGUAGCCUGAUUUUUACGAAUUGGCCAUUAUAUGGAGUUAUCCAUGCAGCAGUGCCAUCAACUUAUAGCACCAGUGUAUAAUGGCCGCUGAAAUUUGAAUUCCUGUUUUGUGAACAUUUCAAAUACACCUAAUAACUGUUUGUGGUGGAAGUAAUUCUAGUUGUGAAUGCGUUAUAGACCAUUGACAGCAUACCUACAGAGCAAAACUGGUGAAUCUUUAACAGUGAACAUGUAUUAGUAUUUUUCACCAAAUUCUUGUAUUUUUGCCUGACGCCAGUGGCGCAGCCAGAUGGUGUGGGGCGAUGGGGAGGGGGCAUACUGGGCACGUGCCCCUACCUCCCAAAUUUCUGUGUUAGUAUGCGACCUGCCUAGUCCCCUCUCACUCCCCGUCCCCAGUCAAGUGCACGCUCACUUCCCCCUCAUCUCCGAAAAAACUUUGGACGACACUGGCUAAGACUGUAGUAGUCUUCAAAUUUUGAGGUUGGCAAGCUUGCUGCUUGGUGUGCGGGGAUAGCCACUUUCGAGCUUCCCGAUUUUUGAAGAAAGCCAGUGUUUGAGCUGGCUUUCUUCCUUUGAUUGGAUUAUUGUUGACAAAGUUUAACACUAUAACUGGCCACAUUACCUUCAGAAUGCAUUCCUAAAUUUGUUGCCAUGCAUGCACUUGUUCACAAAACUACAGAAAAGAAGGUAUUGCUACACAUGCAGUCCAGCAACUGUUUUAAUGGCUGUUCUCUGUGCUCUGUAAAGUCUGCAACACCUGCUAGACAGACCCACAUUGAGUCCAUUUAGAUUCUGCUCUAUAUUCUGUAGUUGAUUAGUUUCUGGCGCAUUGACGCUGGUCUUGGUAACCGGUAAAAAUUGCUCGGCAUAUGUCGGUAAUAAUCUGACUUGAAUUGGAAAUGGGCAUGCUUCCUGAUUUGUUUGAUUGCAGCGAGUUUCGUGGUUCUUUAGGAAAGACGGCUACAGAUGCAAUGCUGCUUUGUUCCAUAGCAGUGAGUCUUCAUUUUUGGUUUGCUCUCCUUUGAUGAUGGCUCUUGAUGUGUGUGUGGCAAUGAAAGUUUGUGAGUAGGGCUGUUGCCUUCAUUUCCAGAUUAAACUGUUAUAGUGGUU